AUGGGUGGCUCUUUCGUCAGAUACAAUUCGACUUCGGCUGCAACUUCAGAAAUCAAAAACACGUUGGUGUCGUUUGACAAUGCAGACAAUGUUGCUGAUACUAUCAGUACAAUGACCUCCGACCAAUUGGGCUACUUGAACUCGAUUGGUAUGGCUCAAGGAUGGUACCCUACUGAUAUCGUCGAAAGAAUGUUGGAACUCACCCAUGUAUAUACUGGUUUACCAUGGUGGGGAACUAUUGUAGUAGUUACCAUUGCUGUCAGAGUAGCCUUGUUCCCAUUUUACAUGAAAGCUUCGGCCAACGUCGCCAGAACAGCCAAGGUCAAGCCCCAGUUGGAUCAGGCUCUAGCCGACUUGAGAGCUGCUGAAACUCCUCAGGAACAAUAUGUAGCCAUGCAAGCCAGAAAGAAAGUCAUGAAGGAUAACAACAUCUCCAUGACAGCCCAGAUGGCUCCUAUAUUGCAAUUGCCUCUAGCAUAUGGGUUCUUCCAGGCUUUGAGAAAGAUGGCCAAUUACCCUGUAGAAGGCUUUUCCACAGGUGGAAUCUACUGGUUCGAAGACUUGGCUCUGGUGGAUCCCUAUUUGGGGUUACAGGGCAUUGCUGCUGCUGUCAUUAUCGCUGUGGUCAGAUUGGGUGGUGAGACUGGAAGCCACCAAAUGGCCAAGCCCAUGAAGAACAUCUUCACUGUAGUUCCACUUAUUUCCAUUUUCAUCACAAAGAAUUUCUCUGCUGCUGUCGUAUUGUAUUUCGCAGUCAACUCGGUAGUGUCGUUAAUUCAGUCAUCGGUGUUGAGAAACAAGUCCUUCAGAAAGUGGGCCAAAAUGCCUGAAACCCCAAAGCCAGGUGAAGGCGGAAAACAAGCCGAAAGUAUCAGUGAAUACUUUUCCAACUUCGUUGAACAGUCCAAGGAAACAACCAGAAAGAAGGCAAGGGAAACAAACAAGAAGUUGGAAGUUACCCAGAGAAGAAAGGCUGCAGCCAAGGACGGGUUUAUCAAAAGACAUUAG